GCAGACGCUCUAAUAUAAUAUGGGGAGUUUACUGAUCCUACUUACUUAAGCAGAUGUAAAAUGUGUAAAUGAGUGAUAAAUUAACAUGUUUGGGAAAUGAUAGUUUGAUUGAUGUUUCUGCGUUUUGGUUGAUUUACAUCGCUGUGUCUUGUUUAAUGUUUGUUAAGACAUAAAAACGUGAUUUAAAUAAAAGAGUACGGCUCCCUCUUUUCCUGCUCUGCGUUACUAAAUAGACCCACGGCUCUCCUAUUGGUCAGCAGCCGCGAUCUUCCAACAGCUGUUCUGUUUUCCCACACUCUGAUUGGACGAAACGCUCCGUCCCUCAAGCCGACUUGGCCUCGAAGCCCCGCCUCCCCACUCUCUCCGCGCCCUGCCAUUGGCCACUGUACUCCUUCCCGCUGCGCCAUUGGCCGACCGGGCUGGUUGUCAAGGCUUCGGGUCUUCAUUCACCAUUUUGCGACUGUAGUGUAGAAAUGUCCAGGGCAGGAGUUUUCGCUCCCUGUAAGUUCCUCGCCGGACAAAGAUGAGCGGCCGUUGACGGGCAGCGGCGGACCUCCGUGCCCUAUUUUACCCGGCGGAGGAAUAUCCUGUGAGGGAGGAGGGGGGCUCAAGGAGGGGGUCGAUCUGUGUUAUCUCCGAGUCCUUGAAAUAAGGUGGGCAAGUGCUGGAGUCGCACAGCCAAAGGCAAGACAGAAUGAGAAAGACAGGCCCCGACAGAGGAAGAGAAUAGACGGGAAGCAGGAAAAAACCAACGGAGUUACUCUGGGAUAAAUAAAUAAAUACCAACAUCUGUUUGGAGAAAAGGCCAGCCAGAUAAAAAAAAAAAAAAAGAUGAAGCCAAUAAAGAAGCAGGGCCGGCGCUCCCCGCAGUCCACCCGGGCCAAAGGCGGGAAGCGCCGCGGAGCCGGAGACGCCUCAGACAGCGGCGAGAAAAGAGACUCGGACGAGAACAGAGACGGAAACGGGUCCCCGGCGAACCGAACUCCCUCCUCGUCCUUUUCCUCCAGCUCACACUCGGACUCCUCUCAGGCCGGCCUGCCGACGGGGCGGGAAGCCUCGGACGGGGAGGGGAUGUCCGAGACGUCCGCGUCGGCCGGGACGGAUCCGGGGAAGGCGCUGAGCGGCAGCAGCCACUGCGACAGCAGCUGCAGCAGCAGCAGCACGCCGAGCGCCAACAACAGUCCCAAUCCCGCCUCCAGCCGAAAGACCGCCACUUUCAAGGCCCGCGUCCCCAAGAAGAAGUACACCUCUGAACACUGUUCGACAGCCACUGCCAGCAAUCAUAGCACCCCUGUGUCCCCUACGCCCCCUCCCCUGGGGGGCGGGGUUCCCAGCCAGGGGACAACCGGUUCAGGAGUCUCUCAUUCCAACGCUCAGAGUAUGAGCCUGAUGGACAGCUUCUCCAGUGGCACAGCUGGCAGAGAGAGUUCCCAGGAAUCUCCAGGACCCCCCACGCUGUCUCUAGCAGGGGAGAGGCCCGGCGGAGGCGAAGAUCGAGUGUCCCCCAGCCCUCUGCCCCGAUGCUCUUCAACAGACACUGCCAGCGAGCACUCGGCUGACCUGGAGGUGGUGGGCGACAUGCCAGCCGUCACGCCGACCUCUCACUCUACGCCCAGCCUCCCCGACACGCUGUCGGACACCCUGGCCAAAGGGCUGAAAAACCAGCGCGUCCUCGCCCGCCAGCUCAGGAGACAAAAGUCUGAGGACGCGGGGGGCGACAGACGAGGCGAAGGGAGGCGUUCGGAGUUCGUGUUCCGGGCCGGGGUGGUCCGUAAGGUCAGCGGCGAAUUUGGUUGCCUGGAGGUGCAGCUGAACGGGGAGAAGACGUUGUGCAGUUAUCCCUACCGACACGACAGCCCCCCGGGGGUGGUGGAGAUAAUCUUAGAUGCACCUCCGCCUGGCGUCCACACGAUACCUGUCGGCACCCGUGUCUGUGUGCCAUUUGGCAACGAGGACAGCAACGAGGGCCAGUGCCAUUGGUACAGAGAAGGCGUGGUGACCGAGGUAGACACGCACCCAGCCGUGGCUAACCGUUACCGGGUGCUGCUGUCCGAGGGAAGGCCUCAUUCUCUGGACGCAGAAGACGGCAGAGGUGCCACCCAGGCAGUGUGGGUCCCCCGGCAAACCCUCCGGCUCCUGGUGCCGCCGUGGGACCUGGACCUGCCGUCGUGUGGUGGCCACGGAGGGGAGGAGGGCAUCGGAGAGAAGGAUAAAAAGCACGACGAGCGGGAGGAGAUAGACGUGGAGCAGGAGGUGUGCAGCCUCAGCCGAGGGAUGACCACAGGCAUGGGCUCGAUGUUUGGGAGGGAGAUAUACCCCGGUAUCAUCACCGUCUCCUCCGCCGCCGGCCACAACAUUGCAUCGCCGGUCACGCCGGUAUUCAGCCUGGCUCCCGGUCGGGAAUGGGGAGGCGAGAAGGAGCUGGAAAGGGAGAGGGAGCGUCUGAGAAAGCAGGAGCGAGACAGAGAAAGGGAGAACAGUGCGAAGCAGCAGCAGCAGCAGCAACACCACCCGUACAUGCCGCUCACCCCCGAAGAAGACAUGGAGGUGUCCCACUUUAACAUGGUCCCGCUGGGGGCAAUCGUACCCGGGACCAAACCGAGACCAGUUCACCACCCGAUUGUCUCAAAGCCCCCGUCUGGCUACCUCAACUCCCACCUGCCCGUUGUGCGGAGUAUUGGGAUCUCCUCCACGCACCUGGCCCUCAACCCCCACCCCAACCCCUCCAACGUCCUGUUGGGCCUCGACUCGGCAAACGCCGCAGCCAGUGCCGUCAUCACCGCCCCUCAGCUGCCCCCUCUGCCUCCCAUCUCCUCCUCCAACCAGCCCUCCAGGGCAGAGAAGGCCGGCGGGGGAGGAUCCGCCGGCGGUGGCGGGGGCCCCGGCUCCAACUCGUCCUCUGCCAAUCGUUCCCGCACUCCCCUCACGGCGGCCCAGCAGAAGUACAAGAAGGGAGACGUGGUCUGCACGCCGACGGGCAUCCGCAAGAAGUUCAACGGCAAGCAGUGGAGGCGGCUGUGCUCUCGAGAGGGCUGCUCCAAGGAGUCCCAGCGACGAGGGUACUGCUCCAGGCACCUCUCCAUGCGGACCAAGGAGCUGGAGGGCAGCGGAGGCGGCCGGGAGCGCAGCGGCGCCAGCAGCACGGGGACCCUGACGCCGUCCGACCUGCGGCUGGGCGGCGGGAGAGCCAGCUCGGAGUUCGACUGGGACGAGACGUCGAGGGAGAGCAGUGAAGCCAGCAGCCGCGGGGGGGACUCCCGCCCCCGCCUGGUGCUGCCCUCCCUGCUGCCCCAGGACCUGUCCCGUUUCGACUUUGACGAGUGCGAGGCCGCGAGCAUGCUGGUCUCCCUGGGGGGCUCCCGCUCCGGCACGCCGUCAUUCUCCCCCAUCUCCAACCAGUCCCCGUUCUCGCCGACGCCGUCGCCGUCUCCCUCGCCGCUCUUCGGCUUCCGCUCGUCCACCUUCAGUCCGAUCGCUGCCCCGACGUCGCUCACCACGCGCCGCCCCCGCCAGCUCAGCGGAACCAAGAUGGGCACGCCGGGUUCUGACCGGGAACGCCACCUGUCGGGAAUCGUGCCGUCCUUCCAGACCAGCCUCACCUUCACGGUCCCCAUGAGCCCCAGCAAGAGGAGGCCUGAGGCGCACCCGCCCCCUCCGCUGCCCACAGUCCAGGACUACCAGAACAAGGCAGACCAGCUGAUGGCUGUGGGGGGCAACAUUGUCGGAGACCCUGCCGCUUUCAGGGUCCUCUCCCCCCACAGUCAGCCCACAACGCCGUCCUCGCUCUCCUUUUCACGCCCCCGCAGCGCCACCAGCAGGCCGCCGUCCUCCGCCGCCUCUACGCCCCCGCCCAUGCUCGUGUCUCCCACUCCUCCGUCUCCGCUGCCCCAGGAGCCCUCCCCGCGCCGCAUAGUGCCGCUCCGCGACUCCCCCGUCAUCGUCCGCAACCCAGACGUCCCCCUGGCGAAGUUCUCGGACGGCCCGUUGGCGGGGAGGGACAGAAGCCGGUCGAGGGAUCAGAACCAGCACCAGCACUCCGCUCCGCCGGGCCUGAAGGCCCCCGUCCCCAUCAACGGGGCCGCGUCCAACCCUGCGGUUCUCCUGCGGAACCCCGCCUCCACUCUGGUCCUGGUCACCUCCAGCUCUUCCUUGACGCCAGCCACAGCGGGCCACGCCGCCCUGUCCGGGCCCUCCGCUCCGGGCUUGAUCUCCGCCCCGUCGGGCUCUUCUCUGUCCUCGUCCGGUUCCGGAGGCAGGGACAGGAAACCCGAGGGCUACCCGGACGUGUCCGGCGGUGCGCUGCCGCAGCCGGUGGCCUGCCACCCCACGCCGACCGCCCUGCUGCCGCUCAUACUGCCAGCGGAGUCGCCCCACCCGGCGCCGCGCAAACAGAUCAUCAUGGGUCGCCCCGGCACAGUUUGGACCAACGUGGAGCCUCGGUCAGUGCCAGUGUUCCCUUGGCAUUCGCUCGUCCCUUUCCUGGACUCCAGCCAAUCAGGAGAAGCCGCCCAGCCCGCCGAUGGCCAGCAGCUUGUUAAUCAGAGCAAAGAGCCUCGCUGCGGUGUGGCCCUGGUGAGCGAAGGGCGGGCGGGCCCCCCGGAGCCGGACAGAGGGUCGCCGUCACGCCCUCCCCCGACCAAUGACAAUCCUUCUGCAGACAGGGGCGGGGCCGACAGCGAGACAGAGAGCGACACAGAUGAUCCGUUUUCCCCCGGCGUGGCCAACGACCCGUCUCCCUCCGCCGGACCCAUGAAGAGACGCACGCAGUCGCUCAGCGCCCUGCCCAAAGACGCAGACAGGAAGCAGAGAGAGAAGGACCACAUCCGGCGUCCCAUGAACGCCUUCAUGAUCUUCAGCAAACGCCACCGAGCUCUGGUGCACCAGCGGCAUCCCAACCAGGACAACCGGACCGUCAGCAAGAUCCUGGGCGAGUGGUGGUACGCUCUGGGGCCCAACGAGAAGCAGAAGUACCACGACCUGGCCUUUCAGGUGAAAGAGGCCCACUUCAAAGCCCACCCUGACUGGAAGUGGUGCAACAAGGACCGCAGGAAGUCUCUGUCUGAGGGCCGCGGGACCCCGAAGGAACUGCGGGAGAGGAGCAUGUCUGAGAGCAUAGACAUGCUGUCGGAGUCCCAGGUGCUGGAAGGAAAGGGAGGCGUGCCGGGGGGGCCGGGCUGGCCUGGGGGAUCGGAGCGUCGAGGGGGGCCUCUGGGGGCCCAGCAGCCCCGUCCCCGGGCCUUUUCCCAGAGUGCCGUGCACACCCUGGAGCAGAGGGAGAGGCAGCGGGAGCUGGAGAAGGAGGACGGAACCAGCUUGUUUCGAAACCGAGCGGCGCCUCAGUCGCUGUACCAAGGUGGAGCCAACGAGGAUGUGACCAGCGAUGAGGAACGCAUGGUCAUCUGUGAAGAAGAAGGAGACGACGAUGUGAUGGAGGAUUCGUGCCCUGAAGGCUCCAUUGACCUCAAGUGCAAGGAGAGAGUGACAGACAGCGACGAAGACGAACCGGACGGACAGCUUAGCCUCCAGCCAGAGGCUCGCUCCUCCCUCCUCUGCUCCUCGCCCUCCACCCCCCACGCCGACUCCCCCUCCAGGGGGAACGGAGAGCCAGGAAGUCCUGGAGACGGAGCGGACGGGGCGAGGAAGAGGGGCCUGGACGGAGGGGAAGAGGAGCCCAGGAUGAAGGAAUCGUCAUCCAGAGAAGGAGGAGGAGGAGGAGGGCAGACCGUCGCCCCGCUCCAGCAGGUCCUCAGCGGGAACCGGACGAUUCCAACAGCGGCGACCAGUGUGGUGCGGCCGGUCGUCAGCGCUCCCGUCCCCAUCGCCAGCAAACCCGCGGAUGGCGCCGUGGCGCUCCAGCAGGAGAAGAAGACCAACCUUCUGAUGGGCGGAGCCGGAGGGGUCCAAGCCCAGUCGCCGGUGAUGCAGAGCAAGAGGCUGGUUCCUGUGGCAGCAGUGAGGACGGGCUCCACGCCUCCUCAGCCCUCCAUCUCCCUGGUGGCUCCGCCUCUUCCUGUACAGAACGGCGCUGCAGCGGGAAAUAAGAUCAUCCAUAUCGCUCCCAUGCCCGUAGUGCAGACCAGCGUCCACCCGGGUGCCGCCGCAGCCGUGCCCGCGGGGGGGCCCUUCCCUGUGUCCAUGGCAACAGUGAUGGGUCCCGGAGCCGCCCCCCCGCAGAGCGUUCUUCUGACCUCCCCGCCCACCAGGAUCACCUACGUCCAGUCCAGCCCAGGCGGUACCAUGGCGGCGCACCAACAGGGCGCUCAGCCCCCCGGCCCCGCGUAUCUCUCAUCACACCUGGCAGCUCUGGGCUUCACCGCCAUCGCCCCGGCCGGGCAGACCCUGGUUCAGCCCAUCGUCGGCCCGCCGCCGCUGCUGGCCCCGGCUCCGCCCGUCGGCUGCCAGACGCAGAACCCCCCGGGUCAGGGAGGCCGUCAGGUGCUAACAGCCAUCUAUCCGGCACAAACCCUUGCCCUGCCGACCGGCGUGGUCCCGAUGACGGCGGUGCCGCCUGCCGUCGCCUCCCCAGCCCAGGACGCGAUGAACCCGGCUUCCCCGUCAACCAAAGCGGUGCAGGGUUCAGCAGCUGCAGGGGCGACCUUUCAGCCCGGGAUGGAGGUGGAGGUGAAACAGGAGAGCCAGCUGGACGCUGACACCGACGGCUCAUCGAGCUGUAACCCAAACUGCUCCAUGGGCGGCUUUCUGAAUGGAGGCGCAGCAGUGAAAAAAGAAGAGGACAUCAGCCUGAGCAUCAAGGAAGAAAACAUGGGAGAUGAAGACGAGCGAGACCGACAACGUGAUGAAGAGCGAGAACGAGCGACGAAGGAGAGCAGAGACAAGAAGGAAGACAAGGAGACGGAGAGAGACGACCGCAGCAGCAAAGAGGCUGGACCUCGUUCCCCCCCACCACCUCCGCCGCCACCACCCUCAGGUCUGGACCCGCCUCCCCCUCCACCGGCAGAAAAAGACGCCCCCUCCUCCUCCUCUUCCUCCUCCUCUUCCUCCUCUAAGAGGAACAAGUUUCGACCUCCUCCUCUGAAAAAGACGCCCGACUCCCUUGACAAGGUCUUGUCGGAGUCGUCCUUCGAGGAGCGCUUCGCUGAGCUCCCAGAGUUUAACCCAGAGGAGGUCCUUCCCUCUCCCACGCUGCACAGCCUGGCCACCUCUCCAAGAGCCAUCCUGGGAAGCUACCGCAAGAAGAGGCGCAACUCCACGGACCUGGACGGGGCGGCGGAAGACCCCGGCUCCCCCCGGAGGAAGACCCGCCGUCUCUCCAGCUGCAGCUCGGAGCCCAACACCCCGAAGAGCGCCGCCAAGUGCGAGGGAGACAUCUUCACGUUCGACAGACCAGGUGCGACAGGUCCGGAAGGCGACGCCCCCCCGGGAGACCAGGACAGGGUCCCGCACUCGUCUCUGCGGAGGACGCUGGAUCAGCGCCGGGCGCUGGUCAUGCAGCUGUUUCAGGAACACGGCUUCUUUCCCUCAGCUCAGGCCACCGCCGCCUUCCAGGCCCGCUACCCGGACACCUUCCCCACCAAGUUGUGUCUGCAGCUGAAGAUCCGCGAGGUCCGUCAGAAGAUCAUGCAGACGGCGACACCGGGAACGCUGGAGCUGGGAGGGUCAUCCGAGGCCGGGCCCUCCCUGUCCCACGGCUCCUCGUCCUGCGGUCCAGCAUCGCGGGACGACGGAGGGACGGAGCAUCAGGGAGAAAAAGGCCAGAGCUCGGAGGAGCCGAAAAACGAGGGAUCGUCGUAAAUCAGGAGAAUGUUUUCACUGACAGAUAAAGAGAGAAGGCUGAACCCUGGCACUGAUUUCCACUAGACCUGGGCAAAAAAAAAACAAAAAAAACACACAGAACACAAGCGCUCAAUAACAAAA